CUUGGCCAACACAUGACAGUAUGUAUGGCAUGGCAACUUGCACCACCAAUUUAAUUAUCACAGUGUCGAACAGCGGACAAGUUGAAGCGCGGUGCCACAGCGUACUAAAUUUGGUCAAGAUUGGUUUACAAAUAACACAUCAAGGCUUGUUCUUUUUAUAUAUAUACUUUCCUUCAGCAAUAUUGCAAAAUAUCUUGGCUUACCCAAGUAAAGCAUACCACUACCAGAACUAGCUAUCUUCUUAGUAAUCUUAUACGUACUCUCAAUUCCUUUCAAAGUCUCUCAUUAUGCAGAUCACUAAACCACAUGUAGCCUUAUUAGCUAGCCCAGGUAUGGGGCACCUUAUUCCUGUCCUGGAGUUGGCCAAACGCCUUGUUACUCAUCACAAUCUCCAAGUCACCGUAUUUGUUUUGGCCACUGAUACUUCAAGUGAUCACUUAUCUCAACUUCUCAACUCUCAAAAUCAUGAUUUCCUCAACAUCGUCUUACUUCCGACUACCGAUAUCUCCGGCCUUGUUGACCCAGAUGCAUCAAUUGUAACCAAACUUGUGGUUAUGAUGCAUCAAUCCUUACCAGCUCUCCGCUCAACCAUCUCUGCAAUGAAGUUCCGUCCAAUGGCUCUGAUUGUCGACUUGUUUGGAACUGAAGCUAUGAAAGUUGCUGAUGAGUUUGGUAUGUUAAAGUACGUGUUCAUCGCUUCUAAUGCAUGGUUUCUUGCAGUCACAAUAUAUGCUCCGGCAGUUGACAAGAACGAGCUAGCUGUACAUGUUAACCAGCAACAGGUGCUAAAAAUCCCUGGUUGUAAACCGGUUGAGUUCCAGGAUACCCUUGAAGCCUUUCUGGACCCGAAUGAUCCGAUGUAUGAUGGAUUUUUACAUGCGGGGAUGGAGAUUUCAGCGGCUGAUGGAAUCAUUGUAAACACAUGGGAAGAACUGGAGUUCACAACACUUGAAGCCUUGAGAGAUAAUACUAAAUUGGGACGCAUUGCUAAGGCUCCGGUUUAUCCAAUCGGUCCAUUGGUAAGACAGGCUGCACCACAAGCUCUGGAGAGCAAAGUUCUUGAUUGGCUGGACAUGCAACCCACUGAAUCAGUGAUUUACGUGUCGUUUGGAAGUGGUGGAAGACUACCAGCCAAACAAAUGAUAGAGCUAGCAUGGGGGCUAGAGCAAAGCCAACAAAGAUUUAUUUGGGUUGUACGCCCUCCAUUGGAGAAUGAUAUAUCUGGGUCCUUUUUAACCUUGGGAAAAGGUUAUGAUUCUGACGGCAGCCAAGAUUACUUGCCAGAUGGUUUCUUGACACGAACCCACAACAUAGGACUGGUGUUUCCCAUGUGGGCUCCUCAAGCAGAGAUUUUGCAACAUCCAUCAGUUGGUGGAUUUUUGUCACAUUGUGGAUGGAAUUCCACACUGGAAAGUAUAAACAAUGGGAUACCGAUGAUUUCAUGGCCACUAUAUGCAGAGCAGAAAAUGAAUGCUACGAUGCUAACAGAAGAGCUUGGGGUGGCUGUGCGUUCAAAGGAGUUGCCAUCAGAGAGUAUGGUGGAGAGACAAGAGAUCGAGAUGAUGGUGAGAAAGAUCAUGGUGGACAAAGAAGGGCAUGCAAUAAGAAAUAAGGUGAAGGAAUUAAAAUUGAGUGCUGAAAAAGCUUCGAGUAAAGGUGGUUCCUCGUAUAAUUCACUGUCCCAAAUGACCAAACACUGCCAGAACAUGCUUGAGGGUAAAGGCUCAAGGUGCUUGGUAAGGCUCCAUGAUGAGCUGCGUACCAUGGAAAUAUAUGCUACGAACUAGGAGUAUUGUUUUUUUUUCUGCUUUUUUAAAUGUAGUAUUGCUUCCACGGUUUAAUUGAGUUAAUAACAUAUAUGUUAUUAUUAUUGGCGCUUUAACCCUUUUAAUUCACCACUUGUUGCGGUUGGAUUUGUACAAUAUUAUAAUUUUCCGUCAAACGAACUUUCGACCAUUUUCAUCUCUUUUCUUC